AUGCAUCCUGCGCAGCUCAAAUUAUUACUCUCGCUAUUGCCCAAAGUACCCUUGAUGGCGCGGGUGGCCCUUCUUCACGUCUUGCACUUAUCCAAGUCGUCGCAGUAUCUUGACCUGCGGAGCGACCUCAUUGUCUCGGUCCUACGUUCAUACCUGCAGCCGAGCAAGCCACGGUCCAUCACUUCCACCCAGAAGCUCGCCAACCGGGAUAACGGCGUAAAGGGAAGAAUAUGGGUCUCCACAUACGCCAGUUCGGUCCCGGAAACCGAUGUUCGUGAUGCGCUGGUUGGGGCCAUUCAGUCACUGAGGACACCAGAUACACCAGAGAUUGCUCUACGAUUGCCGGACAUUGUGCCCGUCGAGGGUGAGUGGACAGGUUACCGUUCUGGUGCCACGAGCGAGGAACGGCAACCCCAGAUCGGAGAAAAGGAAAAAUACGAAAACCUCCAAAAAGAGGUCACCAGUCCCCUGACGGUCUUAUACUUUCAUGGUGGAGCAUACUACCUCCUCGACCCGUCAAGUCACCGUCCGACUACCAAGAAGAUAGCCAAGCUGACUGGCGGACGAGUGUUCUCCGUCCGUUACCGACUUGCCCCGCAGAACCCCUUUCCGGCGGCUCUGCUGGAUGCUCUCAUUUCCUACCUAACACUUCUAUAUCCGCCUUCCGACGCCUACAAUCAACCGGUUGACCCGAGACAUAUAGUUAUUGCUGGAGACAGUGCCGGCGGCAACUUGAGCCUUGCCUUGCUACAACUCUUAUUGGAACUGCGCCGACAAAACAGAAGAAUCCGCUGGCAUGGCGAAGAACGAGAUAUUUUACUACCUGGCGGGCUUGCUCUGAACUCCCCAUGGCUCGACAUUACACAAAGCUCGGCAAGCUGGGACGUGAACAAGGACUUUGAUUAUCUUCCGGCUGCUGAGGUAUAUGCUAAGCACAGUCCGCCACCAUGCGAUGCAUGGCCCGCGAACCCCCCACGAACGGCUCUGUACGCAGACGAUGAUCUUCUAGCGCACCCGCUGGUGACACUUGUCAUGAGCCGAAACUGGAAAGGCGCGCCGCCUGUAUUCAUUUGCACUGGAUGGGAGUUGCUGGCGGACGAAGAUAAGUACAUGGCUCGCAAACUGCACGAGGAUGGCGUGCCAGUAGUGUUUGAAGAGUACGAGGGCAUGCCGCACUGCUUCUCCCUCAUCCUGACAACAACGCCAAACGCCAGGCGUUGCUUCGACGGCUGGACUGGUUUCAUGAAGAGGAUCAUAACGCAUCCGGAUACCAUCAGUUCCAAGGCUAUUUCAGUCAAGGCCAAGACACUCGAGGAAGUCCCUCUAACCUUUGAGUCUUUGUUGAGUGAUAUCAGCGAGGAGGACAUGCGCCAGAGGGUCCUAAAGAAGACAGAGGCGAGUUUGGCAUCCUCUCCAGAAGUAGUACCAAAGCUAUAG